GGGCUGUCCGCGGCGAGGCCGGAUUCAUCCCACCCGCUGCCUGUCUGGACACCGCCUCACCCGGGCCUGCGCUGCAGCGCGGCCCCCGGACCUUGGGGACUCGGGCCGAGGUCUGCGGCCGUUGGAUGAAGAGCAGUCACGACAGGCGGUAGGAAGGCUGCUCGGGGACCUCCACCAUGGCGGCUGCGGUACGCGCUGCGGGCUUCCUCCAUGCUCUGUGUGGCGCUUCGGCAGGUCAUUUGUGGUCCAGGCAGCUUCAUCUGAACACCUUUCCAGCAGCUUCCAUUUGGGCGUUGAAGGCUGUUCCCAGCAAUGGCCCUUUGUCACCUGCAGGAGCUAGAGACAGCUGCCAUUUUACCAGCUUGGCCCGCGUGCUGCAGACACAGUGCUGCCUUUCUGCUCCCAGCAGUUUGGCGGCCCAACAGCACAGAUCCUAUAGUUUCUUCACUAAACUAACAGCAGAUGAGCUGUGGAAAGGUGCUUUAGCAGAAACUGGUGCCGGAGCAAGAAAAGGAAGAGGCAAAAGAACCAAGAGGAAAAGAAGGAAGGAUUUGAACAGGGGUCAGAUCAUCGGUGAAGGGCGUCGUGGCUUCCUAUGGCCUGGUCUGAAUGCCCCACUUAUGAAAAGCGGAGCUAUACAGACUAUCACUCAAAGAAGCAAGGAAGAGCAAGAAAAGGUGCAGGCUGAUAUGGUACAACAGAGAGAAGAGUGGGACCGGAAGAGGAAGAUGAAGGUUAAACGGGAGCGAGGAUGGAGCGGAAACUCAUGGGGCGGCAUCAGUCUUGGCCCCCCUGACCCUGGUCCCAAUGGAGAAACAUAUGAUGAUUUCGAUACCAGGAUACUUGAGGUGAGGAAUGUUUUCAACAUGACGGCCAAAGAGGGAAGGAAGAGAUCCGUCCGUGUCCUGGUCGCCGUGGGGAACGGCAGAGGAGCCGCAGGUUUUGCCAUUGGGAAAGCCACUGAACGGGCAGAUGCUUUCAGAAAAGCAAAGAACAGAGCCGUUCACUAUUUGCAUUACAUAGAACGAUAUGAAGACCAUACCAUAUACCAUGAUAUUUCCUUAACAUUUAAAAGGACACAUAUCAAGAUGAAGAAACAACCCAGAGGCUAUGGCCUCCGCUGCCACCGAGCCAUCACUACCAUCUGCCGGCUCAUCGGCAUCAAAGACAUGUACGCCAAGGUCUCUGGCUCCGUCAACAUGCUCAACCUCACCCGGGGCCUCUUCCAGGGGCUCUCUCGCCAGGAAACCCACCAACAGCUGGCUGACAAGAAGAGUCUCCAUGUUGUGGAAUUCCGGGAGGAAUGUGGCCCUCUGCCCAUCGUGGUUGCCUCACCACAGGGGGCCUUGAGAAAGGAUCCGGAGCCGGAAGAUGAGGUUCCAGACAUCAAAUUGGACUGGGACGAUGUCAAGGCCGAGCAGGGAAUGAAGCGCUCUGUGUGGUCAGGUUUAAAGAGAGCUGCCACGUAGGCCUCCCUCCUGCCUGGGCCAGCCUGGCACCGGCUGCUUCCAGCACCUGGGAGAGACUCAUCCUCUCACACUUCAGAUUGUCUUUUUAAAAAAAAAAAAGGAAAGGCCAACCUUACAUUCGUUUAUUUACAGAUAAUAAAUAAUGCAGAUGUAAUUGA